AUGCAAAACAUCCAGACGGUUGUUGACGGAACUGAUCGUCAAAGUAACUACAAUGAUCAAUACGACGAAGAAGUAGACAAACUGAUAGAAUGGUUAGAGAUGAUGCCUCAUUUGCCUAAUAUUACUGGUAAGCUAUUUUUUUCAUUAAUCAUUUACAUCAUAAUUAUACAUAUUUCUUCGUAUGUUUUUUAAUUUUUUUUUAAUAACCGAAUGAAAUCUUUUUAAACAUUUUUUUUUUAAUAUAAAUUGUUUACAUACUAUACUCGUAUAUUAUCUUCUAUAAUAUUAAAUACUAUUUAAUCAAUACUAUACUACCUACACCGAAACUAUGUCUGUGGAAAGUUAGGGAUCACCUCUCUCGAAAAACUCGAUUAAUAAACUCCGCUCAGAACCAUCUUCGAUUGCAAUGAUUUAUCAUUCGUUGGUUGCAAUAUAUAGAUUAAAUCGCUCUAAAUACCAAGUAAAGUCUAAAAAAUAAAUUUCAACUUUUGAUUUCAAAAAUUUACUCUGGUUUUUAUAUAGGUGUAACAAUAGUAUAACACUCUCUUACAACUUAGUUCUGUUUAGGGAUUAUAUAUGUCUCAAUAUGGCGAGACAUUCAUGAUUUUUACUAUACUUUGCCUGUUGCCCGUAUCAAUUCUUAACGAGACAUGUAUGUCACGAUUAAUAUUGAUUUUUUAAAUUGAUGAUCUCAUUUUACAAGCGAGUGGGACAAGGAAGUUCCGAUUUGUUUACAAACAAUUUGGUUUAAAAAAAAUAUUGAGAAAGAUUAUAGUUAUAUUUAUAAAUAUAUCUAUACAAAUAUAAUUAUAUAUGUAUGGAUGUGAUAUUAAUAUAUUAUUCACCUGAGUAUACAGAAGAGACUAAAACCAACGAAAUUAAUGUUACACUGCACAAAUGUUAUUUUUAAAGAAAUUCCAUUGGUUAUUAAUGCUAAAAUAGGCACCAAAACUAACCACAGGUCAAUUUUAUCGAAGUGUUCUUAAUAAUAUAUGUUCUGUAAUAAUCGUUCUACACUGCGGUUUGUAGUAAUAUGUCCAAAGGGAUUAUAAUGGAUGUGUGAGAGAAAAGCUCCCCACGAUUAUAUUAAGUUUUUAGUUAAAUAGAGACCCACAAUUUGUAUAUGCUACUUGAUUUUCUUACAAUAUUACAUUUCAAAAAGUUGUGUCCAUUGCAUAACCUAACCUAACCUGUCUUGCGAGGCAAAAGCCAAAAAACAAUAAUGCCAAUCCUAGUACUUACCUUAUACAUAGGUGUAGACAUAAUUAACAAAAUAAUUAAAUAUAAAACAAUCUGAUGUUAUUCUUUAUCAUCUAAAACUAGUCAAAAUGUUCAACUAUCACAUUUACACACUUCUUCGUACGAUCUAGACACUCAUCUAUCACUUCACGUACUACUUCUAACCAUAUAAGGGCUGCUGAUUUUACCAAAUAAACAAAUAAUCAACAAUCUAUAGUCCAAAGGUACUCGUACAAGAUAAGUGAAUUAUAUUAUCGUAGCAUUUUGAAUAUUUUUAUGCGUAUAAAUAAACGACGGUUAUACGUAAAAAAAACCCCCCGCUAGUCGUGAUAAAGUUAUAAUACGUUACAUAAUAAAUAUAGCUAUUAUACCUUUUAAUAAACACCCAUAAUCACAUAGUUAUUUUAUAUAAAUGACGUAAAGUAUUAGGUACAUGGAUUAAGUAUAUAAAAAAAAAAAAGAAGUCCUAGGAUAAUGGAGAUAGGUGCAGCUACUAUUAUAGAUAAUUUAAUGUACCUGUAAGCAACAAUAAACCAUUGCUUACGAAAAAACGAUUCUGAGCAGAGUUCGAUUGAUAAUGGUGCUUUGUCAACAAUAUAUUAUAUUUCAUAUUGUGGUAAAAUAAUAUAAUAGGCAUUAUAUAUUUUUUUUAAUAAUAUUUGUUUAAUGUUGUACCGAUUUUCCCGUUUUUCUCAUGUUUUUCCCAUUUGAUGAGAAAACUCCCGAGAAAAUCGAAAAACGACAUGUUUAAAGUAUUUCCGCACGCUAAUUUCCAUUCAGAAAAGGUGCUACACGUAGAAAUCCGACUAAGGCUUCUGAUAAAAAAGUUGCGUGCAAAUAAAAAAUAAUAAUAAUAAACAUCUUGGUAAAACUAUAAGCAUCUUCGCUCCACUCAGAAUCUAAAAUGUCGUUCUAUCUAUUAUAUACCUACACUAUACAUGCAUAUUGCACAUACAACAAAAUUAUCAACACACCGCUCUAUAAUAUGAAUAACUAAGGGGAUUGAUUUCCAAGGAACAUGAAUAAUUAAUUUGUUGACCAGUUUAAUCAAUACCUACAAUAUUAUUAGAUCGAGCGUGGUUGCGAAAUUGUUUUAUCGGACGAAAACACCAAAUGGAGAGAACGAAAGAAUCCCUAGACGGUUAUUUUUGCUGUAGAGCAUUAAUAAACGAGUUCUUUGGAGUCCGCGAUCCACUCGGAGAUGAUGUCCAAACGGCAAUGAGAAAAACGUUAGUAUAAUAUUAUUUGGUCGCCGAAUUACAAAUAGUACAUAUUAUUUACUUGCAUAAUGAAACAAUAAUACUUAUAACUAUAUAAUCACUUAUUAUAUAUACCUAUAGUUGUAUUUCAAUAUAUUAUUAUACAUUAUCAAGUUGCAGUGGCGUAAAUUAGCCAUAGAUUUUAUUAUUCUAUGAGAAUGGCCCGUCGCUGGUGUACAUUAGUGAUUAACACGGGUCGGGCAGAAUCAUAAGAAAAAUAUUUCAGGUUAGUAAUGGUCGGACACGUAUUUGGCUUUGGACCAGGCUGGAUAAUAAGAAAAAUUAAUUGGUAGCCCAUAAAGCCGAGUUCCCGUAGUGCGUGAGUUAUGGAGUACAUAAUUAUUUAUUGUACUCAUAACAUUUUUUUUGUCCACUCAUUUUAUAUACUCAAUACUGGAAAGAUAAUAAGGUUAAUCAAUUUAUUUUUAUUUCAAACAUACACAAUCAUGAUGUUUAACUAAAUAUGGCCAAGGCUUUAAAUUAUAGUAGGUUAGACACUCAAGCCGUACUUUAACGAAAUUCAAUUACAGAUUUUUUUUUUUUUUUGUAGAAGAAAUACCAGUAAUCAUUAUACUUUUAUAUGGUAAGCCACUUAGUCACAUGUAUCUAAGUAACGGACGUUUGAUACGACAUGAAUAAUGAAAUUAUUUAGGACUACUUGAGAAACGCUUUUAUGUUAAGUGCAUUAGUUUGGAAAUGUUAAUCCACUUAAUAUACCAAAUGGAUAAUAGGUUGAGUUGACUUUAAAGGUUAUUGGAGAUUACAACUAGGUCACUAUAGGUGGUGAAGACAACUUUGUCAGCUACGAAUGUAUUUGGGAUAAUAGCUGAUUGGUCAGCUGUGAAAAUGCUAAAUAAAACUAAACUUAACAAAAUAAAUAAUAGAGUAAAAACGACCAGAGUUUGUCAUAAAAAAAUCCAAACAGACCUGAGCCUCAGAGGGUACUCUUUUAAUUUAAUUGUAUUUAAAAUUUAAAAAAGACGUCCUAAGAUAAUGGGGACGGGUGCAUCCACUGUUAUAAAUAAUUUAAUGUAUACUGUAAGUAAUAAUAAACUAUUGCUUACAAAAAAACGAUUUUGAGCGGAGUUCAGUUGAUAACGAUACUUUGUCAACAAUUUAAAGUAAAACCUCCGAAUAGUGGACACUCUCGGACACUGAUAUUUUUUCGUUAUUCGGACGUAUCCGUUAUUCAGAAGGGAUACAUUUUUGAAAUUCAUAAAUCAUAAAUUUGUAGAAAAAAAAACACAAAAUGUUAUUAUUUAUUACAAAUUAUCACAUUUUUAUAUUAAAAUGUAUUAUUAAUUGUUAUUAUUUAAAUUAUAUUUUUAUAUGUAUAAUAUAUUCUUUAAAUUAUUUUUAAAAUCGGCGAGCUUUGUCUGUUUAUAUUUUGUAUGUUUAUCAAACUUCGUAAGUCAGUCUGGCAUAAUUUGUGUCGUUAUCCAGGCCUUUUUAUUCCAACACCAGUCACCCUGGAAUUUAUUUAUGUCUAAUUUUUUGAAAGCUCACGAUUGUUUGGCCUUACCUAUGACAAGAGAAUGUUCAAACCCCUUAUCAUAUUACAGCACAAUAGCACAGUCAAUCGUUCUUUUGAUACUUUUCCACCACUGCACCUUUCAUGUUUAAAUGCCAUACCAUCUAAGCCUAAGCCCAAUCUCGUCGACAUUGAAAAUGUCUCGCUCUUCAUAUUUAUCUACAUUUGGUAAUUUUUUCUUCCAGUUAUCAAAAGUUAUUCUAUCAACGGCUGAAGCCUCCCCACAGAUAGAUUCAUACGAAAUAUUAUGCCUUUUUUGAAAUUUUUCAAGCUACCCUUUUGAAGUUUUAAAUAAUUGAAUUCGUAAACUAUAGCAAUUUGUUUAGCCUUUUCCUAUAUUGUUGGUCUAGAAACUGGCAAAUUUUUUUUCCGAGUUUUGCUAAACCAGACCAAAAAUUCUUCAUCAAUUAGGCAAUACUGCCUUUACAUUUUCUUAAUUUCGUUAAUUUACGUUCUUCAUUUCUAUUUUCAACCCACACUUUAUACAUUUUUUCUGUUUUAAACACAAUAUCCGCAAUCUGUGUUUUUCCAACUUGAACUUUUUCUGCAAGUGCACGAAUUCCUACGUUGUUGUUUUUACGGUAAACUAAAAUGUCUAUUUUUUCGCGAAGAGACAAACGCUUUUGUUUUAACAUAGUCAUUGCGUCAAAAACUGUCACUAACUGACAUACUUUAGUCAUAACACUCAUAGAAGUUUCACUGAUAACCAAAUUCGUCGUAAUAUGUUUUGUGAUCGUAAUUUUAUCGUCCCAUAACGAGUUUAUUAUCGUAAUUAUAUUACGAAAGUACUUACGAAUGUGAAUUUGUGUAUAUAGUUUUAAAUAAAGAUUAAAAUAAUGUCUGCUAUUCGGAGGUUUUCCCAUUGAAAAGUAGUGAAAAUGUCCCCGUUCCCAAAAAACCGUCCGCUAUUGGGAGGUGUCAAUUAGUGGAGAUUUUACUAUAUAUGUCAUUUUAUAGUAAAAUAAUUCAACAGGCUUUAUAUAUUUUCUUCAAUAUUAUUUGUUUAAUAUUAUACCGAUUUUCCCAGUUUUCUUAAGUUUUUUCCGGUAUUCACAUGUUCUAUCACAUUUUCUGGGAAAAGUCCUCAGAAAUCCGAAAAAUAGCCACUUCAAACACACUAUGUACCUCCCCAGUCGAAUUUUCGUUUAAAAACACUGCUAUCGUUAUAAAUUGAAGCAAAAUUGAUGGUAGAAAAAUUGUGAAGAGAAAAAAAAAUCGUAAUAUUUUACAAAUAUAUUUCGUACAUUUUCCCUUUUUUUUCGAUUUUUCUCAUUUGAUGAUCGAACAAAAUGUAGUAAUGUAAAAAUCGGAGUAAGUCCUCUGGUAGAAAAGUUGUCCACAGAAAAAAAAUAAACAUCUUUUUAAAACCAUAAGCUUCUUCGCUCCACUCAGAAUCUAAAAUGACCCAUGCUGAUCUCUAGUGUUCAUGCACUAGCUGCACAAUGUAGAUAAUAUUUGAUGGUACAAAAUUAUUAUCUUUCUGCACCACCAGAAAGUCUUAAAUACACGUAUAUUAGGUAUUUAAACAUUUCUUUACUCCGCCACGAAUUUAUGUUACUGCCCUCAAUAAUAAUUAGUGAACUUACCUAACCGAACUUAAUCUGACCAAACAACACAUCUUACCCAUUUGUAUGUCACCUGAUGCCCAAACAAAAUAAUAAUAUAUAGGUGGUUUGGAUUUUCAACAAACUUAACUAAGGAAGGCCAUCAGGUAAUUGUAACGAGAAACAUCACGGACGAAGACGUUCCCGGUAGAUAUUUGGAUCAGUGGACGAAAUAUUUUUACAUGUGCAUAGACUGGAAUCUAAAGCGGAUUACUGCCAACGGCGUGAUAAUUAUUUAUGACAUGGCUACCACGAACAAAAACGAAGUACUCACGCAAGUAACGCCGAAUUUUCUCAAAAAAUCUUUGCAGUGUUCGGUGAGCGAUAUUAAAAAAAUAAUUAAUUCUCUUGUCAAAAAUAUUAAACAUAUAUAUUUUUUACGUCCAUAUAUUAUUUAUUUAUAUAAUUUUUCCAGACAUAUUUUCCAUACAAACUUAUACAAGUUCACUUCAUAAACGUACCGCCAUAUGCAACCGUAAUAUUCAAUAUUUUAAAAUCAUUGGUUCCGAAAAAAAUUCAAUCACGAGUAAGUAUAACAUCAGUCGUCUUUAAACAUUAUCUCAUACUAAUUAACUAAUAUUAUCAAUUAUAAAAUAAUAUAUAAAAGUUUCAAAACUUCAUUUAUUUUUGAACUUGUGUUCAAUUUAUUUUGUUAACGUACUAAAUUGUUUUGCCCAUCUUUUAUUAUAGCUUAUAGAUAGAUACUGAAACUGAAUUAUAAUAUUAUAUAAAAACUUAAAAUAAUUAAUUUCAGAUAUUUAUGCAUAACAAUCCAACGGAAGUAUUACAACAUAUUCCAAAAGAAUGUGUUCCGUCAGAUCUGGGUGGUUGUGAUAAAACUAUUAAAGAGCUUGGUGGUAUGUAUAUCCUUAUAUACCAACGAAUUUAAAAAUAUUACACAAUUAAUUCACACCGAAAUAAUCCGUAGAAUUCUGCAACGAAAACAUUGUGACCCAAAGAGAUUUAUUCACAAACGGAUUGCUUUCGUUAAAAGCGGACAUGGAUAAAAAGCCGAAGAAUGCUAAUGGCAACGAACAGUCGGAUCUGUUUGGAUUCGACGGUAACUUCAAGCAAUUGAAUAUUGAUUAG